AUGUCCUUCGCAAAGUUUUUCAAGCAACCGCCAAUGCAAGCGACGCUGGACAAUAACGAGAAUGAAGAAGACGCCCAGGAUAAAGAUGUGCCGCUUCCGGACGCCUACAAUCCGAAAGACUACGAAAACUUGGCCGUUUCCGCUGAGCUGAAAACCCUCUUCAAACUCAUAAACAGUUACACGCCGCAAACGAUCGAACUGGAUAACAAGCUCAGACCGUUCAUCCCGGACCUCAUCCCAGCUGUCGGGGACAUUGACGCCUUCAUCAAGAUCCCACCACCCGACAAUAAUGAUGAUUUUCUCGGUCUCAAAGUCUUGGAUGAACCCUGUGCGAAACAAAGUGAUCCCACUGUUCUCAAUAUGCAGCUCAGAGCCACCACAAAACAGUCUUCGGCUAAGACUGCUGCAUUGUUGGUUAAGUGUCUCGAGGACGCUCACGAGCAUCCGAAACAGAUUGAAGAAUGGGUGACCUCGAUCGAGAAACUUCACCAGAGUCGCCCGACCCCCACCGUUCAUUAUUCUCGUCCUAUGCCGGAUGUCGAGUCACUGAUGCAAGAGUGGCCACCCGAGGUGGAGGAGGCUCUGAAGACACUUUCGUUACCUUCAGCAAAAUUGAAUUGCUCCCUAGAGGAAUACGUUAACAUCAUCAUGGCCAUCUUGGACAUUCCGGUCUACAAGAACAAGCUCCAUUCGCUCCAUGUCCUCUUCACGCUUUAUUAUGAGUUCAAGAACAGUCAGCACUUCCGAGCUCUGGCGAUGGACAAUCGCAUCGAUAACGCCUUGAAAGCGCUGACGAUGGACCCUUCGGAUCGUUUGGUGCUCUGA